UUUGCUCUAGUGGCUACUUCUCUACAGCUUCGCGACUGAGCAGCAAAAUAAUUCUGAGCUCAUUCCGUUAUUGACACUACAACAGAAUGGCGGUUCAUUUCGCAACGUGUUUACGUGCCCUUCUCCUGAUCGUGGCGAUUAGCGCAGUGGCGAGCGCUCCACAACAAAAGAAGAUAACGCAAAGUCAGCCAGCUGCUGGGCCAGCGGGUGUGGCGCGAGUGCAAGAUCCGAAAUGCCUACAGCCUAAGGAACCUGGUCCUUGCCGCAUGAAUCUGGACCGUUUUUACUACAACGCGCAAACGAACGCCUGCGAACCAUUCAAAUUUGGCGGCUGUCGUGGCAAUGAUAAUAAAUUUGGUUUCUUGAAGACCUGUGAAGAUGCCUGCUUGGUGCCAAAGUCAACGGGGCAGAAUGCAGCCAGUCCGAACUCUAAAGCACCGGCAGCGGCAGUAAACCCUAAGACGGCCGCCAUCGCACCGAUUUCGUUAACGACAAAGGCACCAAUAGCAGCACCAGUGCGACCACAGGCAGUGAAGCCAAUCAAGUGAAGCAAAUGGAAAGAUGAAUCUGAAUAUUUUUCCUAUGCUUAGUAUAAUUUUUUAACUAUUAGCUUUUUUUAUACCAAAAUUGUAAUCGAAAAUGCAAACAUAUCUAUAUUUAACUAC